AUGAUGGACAAGUACGCGUAUCUCCUCGACGACAUGAGCAAGAUGACCUACCACGAGGCCGAGGAGAUCUCCAAGUACUCGUCCUUCUUGGAAAUGCCAUGGACGGUCACCGUCGCACUCUCCUUCGCCCUUUUCAAGACAUACGCCAUCCCAACCAUCUCAGGUGUGUUGUGCAAGUCUGGCCAGCUGUCGACGGACGCGAGUGCCGGACGUCGCGCCGAGGACACUGGCAUCUUCAUCAACGAGUUUAGUGGUGGUGGCGAGAGCCACGCCGUCGCUGGCGUGGACACCGAGCGUGGCAGCAUCGCCCUCGCGCGCAUGAACUGGUUACACUCUAGAUACGGCAAUCUCAUUGGCCGUGACGACAAGCUGUUCACCCUCGCUCUAUUCGUGUUCGAGCCCUUCUACUUCGCCGAGCUGUUUGACUACCGCCCGCUGAAUGAACUCGAGAAGGAGGCACGCUACGUCCACUGGCGCGAGAUUGGCGCUCGCAUGGGCAUUGAGGACAUUCCUCCCACGCGCGCCGAGCUGCUCGAAUGGACGGUCGCGUACGGCAAGAAGUCGAUGGUGUACGAUCCCCGCAACGCGCAGGUCGGUAACGCGACCUUUAGCGUGUUACUCAAGGACUUACCUCGCUUCAUGUGGCCACUCGGCAAGCGUAUGAGCCUGGUUCUUCUCGACGACCACAUGCUGCAGGCGUUUGGGUGGGAGAAGCCUCCUGCUUUGAUGUACUGGCUGGUACCGCGCCUGUUACGGAUCAAGGGACUCGUGUGUGGCAAUCUGCUGUUCCCACGCACAACGCCGCCCCCACACGUCAAGACUAGCGUGCGCUGCUCGUUCGCAGGCCCCGUUUCCGAGAAGACGGAGAAGGCUCCAGAUGCUGGUCUCCCUCAGAUUGUGAGGGACGGGUACAUCUUUGAGCCGUGGUACGUCAAGCCGGACGGCGCACGCAUGGGUGCCCUUGGCCUUGGAACACCAGGCCUCCCCAAGUACGUGCCCGAGGGGUACAUCAACUCGCGCCUGGGUCCCGAGAGACUGUACAACCAGGGGGUGGACCUUACGCUAAAGAACGCUGCUGCUAUGCGCGAGCGCGCACAGGGCGGCCAGUGCCCAUUCUUCGUUGCGCAGGAGGUUGUCGCAACCGCAUAG